CAUGAAACUAUACGAAAAAAAAAACUGGGUUGAUUAAAGAGAAACUGAAAGUGGAUCAUUCUUGCACUGUCUUCCUAAAAUGGCUACGACCGCGCAUCCAGUGGUAAGCUCAAGCUUACGUUCACUAAGGCCUUCUUCUUCUCAAGGACUGCCACCCUGCAAAUCAUCGUUCGUCAGUUAUGGUGUUGAGGCAUUAAAAGUCCCUUCGCUACGUAUAGCUCACUCGACUAGAUUACGGCGUAAUUGUCAUGGCGGGGGUGGUGCUCUUGGUUCUCAGAUGAAUCUCUUUAGUCGAUUUGCUAGAGUUAUCAAGUCAUAUGCAAAUGCGAUCUUAAGCUCGUUCGAAGACCCUGAGAAGAUUUUGGACCAAGCGGUUACUGAUAUGAAUAAUGAUUUGAUAAAGAUGCGUCAAGCAACUGCACAAGUUUUGGCAUCUCAAAAGCAGUUAGAGAACAGAUAUAAAUCUGCCCAGCAAGCUUCUGAAGACUGGUACAGACGGGCACAACUGGCUCUUGGAAAGGGAGAUGAGGAUCUUGCUCGCGAAGCUCUUAAGCGUCGGAAAUCUUAUGCGGACAAUGCUAGUACUUUGAAGACUCAGCUUGAUCAGCAGAAAAGUGUUGUUGAUAAUCUUGUGUCCAACACAAGGCUUUUAGAAAGCAAGAUACAGGAGGCAAGGUCAAAGAAAGAUGUACUCAAGGCGCGAGCUCAGUCUGCAAAGACAUCAACUAAGGUGAGUGAAUUGUUGGGUAAUGUUGACACAAGUAGCGCGCUCGAUGCUUUUAACAAGAUGGAAGAAAAAGUUAUGACCAUGGAGUCUCAAGCUGAAGCUUAUAGCCAGUUAGCAACCGAUGAUCUUGAGGGAAAGUUCCGAUUGCUGGAGGGCUCUUCUGUUGAUGGUGAUCUUGAAGACUUAAAGAAAGAACUCUCUAGGAGCUCAAAGAAAGUGGAGCUUCCACCUGGGAGAACCGCCGUCCCCAUAAACACCGUGCUUCCUUUACGCGACUCGGAAAUUGAGAAGGAGCUGAAUGAACUCAGAAGGAAAGCCAAGGACUUGUAGAGUUUAGAUAAUUCACUCCUUCCCCACGCCAAAAAGUUUUGAUUAUGGUAGUUAGUUAUAUGAUAAAAUUUUAUAGAAGGGUCUUUUCUCUAUGUUUUGUUUUAUUGACUUAUAUACAUUUGAUGUAUUUGCUUGGUGAACAAUCAGCAUUUUCAUUGGAUUCAUGUACAUUACUUCAUAAUAAACAUAAUCUUUAAGCAUCAAUAAUCAAUGUAAUUUACAUAUUUGCACAA